AUGUCGGCGAAGGCCCGAAGAGGGCUACUCCUGAAGUUGCUCCGGGCUUUGUCCUUCUUUGCCUUUGCAUUCGCGGCGACUUCCUUUGCAACAGGAGCUACGAACACCGAGGCUCCCCAGAAUCCGCGGAAGUGGGACGAGGAGAGGCGAUUCGCCGCUUCCGCGCGCGAGAGGGGCGAGGCCUUUAUUGGGAGAGAGGAGGAGAAGCUCUUAAAAAGCAUCGUGAGGGCAGGCAGGCGUCGUGACUGGAGCAGGGCCAGUGCUAUCAUAUGGGACUACAGCGGCACGCAGACUCCGAUUUACAGUGCAGCGCUUUUUGCAGCAAUUCGGUGCAAACAGUUCGACGAAGGAGCUAGCAUCUAUGAGGAAAUGUGCCAGAGAUCGGUGUGGCGUGAUCUACCGAGCUUCUCGAUGGCUCUGAAGAUCUUCUCUAAGUCUAAUUCUUCCCGAGUAGACGAGAUUUGGGAGGAGGCGGUGGCAGAACACCCUCCUGACGCAGCCCUUUGUGCUGCAAGGCUCGAUGCCGCUGCAGAGGCUGGAGACAUCCAAGCUGCCAAGAAGCUCCUGGAACAGAUGGGACGCCUAGAGCCUCCGAUGGAGCCGAAUUUACUGCACUUCACUUCCGCGAUCCGUGCCUGCAAAAAUGCAGAUAGCGAAGAGAGCCACGAGAUGGCAAAAAGCUUCUUUGAGUUGGCCCUCGGACAGGGCAUUGAACCAGACAUCGUCGUCUUCCGAGAGUUGAUGGGUGCAUGCAGGAGGGCCCCGUUGCACGAGGUUCAGACAAUUUACAAGUUCCUCAAGGAAAUGGGCCUACAGGCGGAUCGCAUCUUCAGCGACGUCUACUUGAGAGCAGUGCUGCAGCUGCCAAGGUCUAGGAGAUUCCAGUCAAUUGCGGAGGCGGCGCAAGAACUCCGCGCCAUGCAAGAUGAGGGCAGAUUGGCAGAAGCUCGAGCAGUCUUGGCCGAGUUUACUUCUAAAGAUGUGCAGCUGACUGCGCUGGGGCACUUGCUAAAUGGCGCACUGCUGCAAUUGCAGUGA